AUGGACGGCCCCCACCGAGGCCCCGGCGGGGGCUGCAUCCGGGCUGCUCACGGCAGCGGUGGCUCUUUAGGCCGGGACAGAGGUGCAUUGUUUCACCGCGCCGUCCGGCAGCUGUCACCGCUCCUGCUGAUGGCCUUGUCCCGUAACUGGACCCGCCCCGCGCGCCAGCCAGCCUGGGCCGCUGCACAGGUGCGGGCACAGCUGCGGGCACAGUUUCCCCUAAAAAGCAAGCGUCGCCGCUGCGCAUGGUCUCCUCACUGCGCUCUUCUGUUCCAGGGCCCGCUGUCCCUGGCCUUCGAGGAGGACCCGCAGCAGCAGCCCCUGGAGCUGGCGGUGCAGCAGGUCUCGAGUGCAGCCGGCUCGGCCCAGGAGAAGGUGGUGUCCUGUCGCGUGGUGGGCAAGGCCAUCCAGUUCCUGGUCAGCACGGCGCCCGCCUCACCCGAGGACACGGGGCGCCCGCAGUACGGCGUGCGGCUCGCCCCGCUGCAUUUACAGCUGGAGCUCCGCAUGAAGGAGAAGAGAGAGGACAUCCCGAUCCGGUGGUCGUUCAUCAGCGUGCCGGAGAUGACCCUUACGGUCCAGCCCCGGGCCCCGGGGGAGGAGCAGGCGGGCGAGGCGCAUGCAGUGCGUGAAACUCUCAGGGGGGUUCUGAAGAACCUGCUGAGCUCCGCCUCCCCGUCGGUGGUCCUGAGCGCCAGGCCUGUGGGCGCGGGGCACGUCCAGAAUCUCCAGCGCACGUCACCUGCCGCCCAGGAACCCUGCCCUCCCAAACCUCCCCGGGCUCACGACCUCAAACUAGUGGUGAAGGACAUCCGAGCCUCGCUGCUCAACGAUCCCGGUGCUUCAGGCCCCAGGAACCUCCGCUGCGGAGUUCAGCUGAACGAGCCAGUUCAGAAGUUCUCUGGCGCCCUCCCCAAAAACACUACUGACCUCACUUGGAAAGAAGAAUUCACCUUUGAGUUGAACGCCAAGUCGAAGGAGUUGCACCUGCGGAUUUCAGAGGAUGGGCCAUCCUCGGAAGCUCUGCUGGCGAUGACGACCGUCCCUUUGGAUCUGUUUAAGAAGCAGCCCUCCGGGCCGCAGAGCUUUGUGCUGACCGGCGGGCCCUCGGGGGGCGGCCCGGCGCUGGGCUCAGUCACCGCGGAGUUCUGCUACGUGGAGCCCUCGGAAGUGAGACCCUGGCACACGCCUCCGCCUGUUCCCGCUGCCAAGAUAGAGAAAGACCGCACGGUGAUGCCCUGUGGGACCGUGGUCACUACUGUCACCGCCGUGAAAACCAAGCCUCGCUUCGACGCGGGGAGGGCGUCCCCGCUGAGCUCCGAGUCUCCCCUGCGGACGCCUGUCAAGGUGAGGGUGAUCGAGAAGGACAUCUCUGUCCAGGCCAUCUCCUGCCACAGUCCUCCCGUCAGCAAAACGCUGUCUUCUUCGGACACAGAACUGCUGGUGUUGAAUGGCUCGGAUCCAGUGGCCGAAGUCGCCAUCCGACAGCUCAGCGAAUCUUCGAAGCUGAAGCUGAAGUCGCCGCGGAAGAAGAGCACCAUCAUCAUAUCAGGGAUCUCCAAGACCUCUCUAUCUCAGGACAACGAUGCCGCCCUGAUGCUGGACUAUGCGGCCUCCAUGGACAGCAGCCAGGAAGAGGCCGCCCUGUCCCAACCGGGGGUGGCCUCGGCCUCUGCCCCGCCCGAGGAGGCGGCCUCGGCCCAGGCCCCACUGGCCCUGGAGCCCCAGGACUGCGAGCUGGCCUCCUUGGACUUUGAGAAAGAGUCACAGGCCGAGGCGUGGGACGGCCACCCAGCGCUGGACCCCGAUGGAGAUGCGCUGUCGGAGAGCUCCCUGAAUGUCUGGGAGCCAGGUGCCCCCAAAAAGCAUAAAGGAGGCAUUUUAAGGAAAGGCGCGAAGCUGUUCUUCCGUCGGCGGCAGCAGCAGAAGGACCCCGGCCUGAGCCAGUCCCACAACGACCUGGUGUUCCUGCAGCAGCCGGAGGGGCCCCGGAGGAAGGGCGCCACGCUCUCCAGGAUCCUCAACAGGAAGCUUCUGUCCAGGCACAGAAGCAAGAUCGCCAUGAACGGCGCCCCCGGGGACCCCAGCAUGUAGGCCGGGGUGGGCGGCCCGCUUCACGGCGAUGCCGGAGACGACCCGCCAGGACGGAGCGGGAGUGCCGGCCGGCUGUCGGACACCCGUCUUGUCCAGCUGCGGUUUUCUGGACAGUGUCAUCUUCUAAAGGGGAGGGAACGUCUGGGUCUCCAGCCGGGAGGUUCCCCCAGAGAGAACUGACCAAACCCGUUUACUUACCGCCAGGUGUCAGGAGACGGAGGGCUCUGCUCAAACCUGAGAGCUGAAGUUCAGUGUCAGGAGGAGAUUUACCUUCUGAACUAAAUCCAUGCUGCAGUGGGCGUGGAUGGGGCAGGUCUGGGGCCUCAGUUUCACCCACCGUCUGCUCUAACGGGUAUUACUUUGGGUCCACGCCUGGAGAUGACCCACGUCAGGAGAUGACCCUCUGUGCUGUCACUGUGAACGGAUGCAUAGGUCACCUCUUCUGUGUGGCUGCUCAGGAUAAAGCAGUGCAGCUGGCCCCGAGUGCAGAGAGGUGGGACCCAGGCAGAACUGGGUAGGGAAAUUACGAUCGGAAUGGAAACACUAUGACAAAUGUAGGAAGGCGUUUGCCUUUGCUAUUAGCCAUAGAACUUGAAAAAUUAUGCAAAUACUAAAUAUAUCCUAUGCAUAUUAUGCCGAACACUUUUCUAAGUUUACUUUGAGCCUAUUAGCCAGUGGGAGGUGUAUAAAUUCUUAUAUGGUUUUUACAUUUUCUCUAUAGUGUCAAAAGCUCUAACAGUUCCAGUCAGCACACAGACUUUUCCCGUCUGGCCCUUGCGGACAGGGUUGCAGCGAGCCUUUCCAGUGCACUUAGGAGCAAUAAGUGACAGCUGAGGGAGCGUGGUGCUCACACGUACAUACCUGGGUUUUCUUCAGUCUGAGGUUGGUUUGCCAAAUAUUGCCAGUAGCUGAAACAAACUACUUUUAGGGCAAAAGAGGAAAUUAUUUUACACCUCAGGUGUCAGCCUUAGGAAUGGAAGUUUAGUAAAAAAAAACGGGCCAGGCUUGCAUCAGAUACCUUUUAGGAGCUCAUCUGAAUUCUUCUGUGAACAGUGAGGGACACACUUUGGAGGGGGGUGGAGGGCGCGGUUUGAUUUCCAGUAGGAAAAAUAAGCUUGCUAUAAAACUUUAAUACCCAACCUGUCUCUCAAAGCAUUUCCCACAUCAGGGCCACUUGGGUUCAGUCACAGUUGUCACGUUGGUCCGCUCCCGAAUGUGCCGCUUGUAGGAGAUGUACUUGUUAAACAGUAAUGGCCAUUAGGGUGAAUGGUUCUGAUGGUUUAAUAAGAUUCAUUUUCCUCCAACAAGACUUAGAAGGCUAUUUAUGAAAACUCAGCUUUUGUCACGGAUGUGAAAUUGCGGGGGGUCCUUUGUACAGGCGCCUCUGUUCAUCCUUAAAUAUCUAUUUCAGGGAUAAAAGAGCCACUGAUGAGCAAAAACCUUUAUAGAAACCAAAAUUAUAGAAUUUUUCCCCUUCUUUAUUUGGAGAGAAAACUUAGAAGACUACAUAAAGUGUUUUACUUUAAAAUGCACAUUUAAAAAUUCUUAGGUGUCCCAGGAAUUGUAAAAUGACUUUUUUCACCAUCUUUUAUUUUUGAAGAUUAUAUUCCAUUUUAAUUAUUGUAAAGUAGCACCUGGCAUUACAAAAUGUAUUAAUACCAAGUUUGUCCCCACAGGUCAGUAAUCACUACAGGCCUUUUGGGGACACAUGGUCACUUUAAUGUUUUGUUUUACUUGAAGCAUUUCUGUUCUUUCUCGUGGGAGGCAGACGUGUAACAUGCAGGAAUGAAUUCUAAGAGGACGAUGUGUCAGAAUGUAAGGCCCCGGUCAGAAGCUUUUAGUACAGUUUUAUGUGUGUUGAAUUUUGAAAUUCAGAUGGACUCGGUUUAUUCCAGCGUGAAGGUAUCAGAGUGUUAGACCGAGUGUUUCUUAUUCUCAAAAAACCGAACAACAAAAAAAACACCCAAAACCACACCAAAAACAAGAACACAGCUUUUAGCCGUUGCGAUUCCCAGGUGGACCCCAGGAGCGUCCUGUUCACUGCUGAAUAUCGUUGUCAAGGGCUCUGCUUUCUCAGCUUCCGUGCGACUGGAAGCGCCUCCGGGAUCCUUGGAGGGCCAGGUGGGCCUCUGCCCGCCUUGUGUGUGAAGCGAGCGAGUUAACGGGGAGGCAGAGCCAUGGAGGGCCAUGUCUCUUUGUCUCUCUCGAGUGCACAGGAGACCCUUGUCCACCCGAGCGUGACCCAGGAGCCCGUCCUCCAGGUGCGCACACUUGUCUCCUAGCGGCCUUUUGGGACGCGGUGGCGGCCGUGCAGCAGGGACGGGAGAAGACCAGGGUAGCUCUGCAGGACGGGGCCAUAUGGGCCGUAUCCACACUGUGAAUGUUUCUUUUCCAAGCUGUGUGUCCAGGUUUGAUUUUGAAUGGUGUAGGGUAUUUAUGUGAAAGCCAGUGUCGCUAAGGUGAAAUAUCAGUUACGAUUAUACACCAGAUACACAGCGCGCUGACUUGGAAACCACCGAUUCCCUUCCCUUCCCCUCCCCACGCGCUUUAGUGGCUCGAGGGCUCUCGUUUCUGUGUUUUGGUCUUGAUGACAUUCUUUCCGUGUGGUAUCGUGAAAGCGAUUCCUCAUGAACACUAAUCGUAAUGUGCAUCCGUCUGUCCGAAACCAGGAGUGCGCGCUGGUUUUAACGAGCUGGUGACACUCGUGUGCGCGUUAAGGAUGUCCCUGUGGCCUUCGCGGAGGAAGGACAUGGAGCUGUAAGUGUGGGCCUGCUUUAAUGUCGCAUUAACGAAAGUAUCCACCUUGUUCUGUUCAAAACCAGCUGCGAGGAAGGUUUAGACAGAGCACUUCAUGUAAAUCCAGUCUCAAGCCGAAGUUCAAAACCAGCCCUUGACUCCUGGUGAUGGCUACCAGGCCAGUCGCUGCCAACCAGUCACAAAUUAGAAGCCUGUCUAGAUUUUCUAUUGGUCGUUCCGGCCACAUCUAUAGAAGAAAGUGGCAGAUUUUCUUCUUGAGCAGAAGGGAAAGAUUAAUUUACGCCGCAGCCACCAAAUGUGGAUGUUUUCUGAGCGAUAACCUCACGGCCCUUGGAACCUCAGAGUGCAAGCUGGUGGGCACUGGAGGUCAGAGCAUUUACCUCUACCGGACGGAAAGCAGGUCUCGGCGUAGACCCUGAUGCCUCUGCCCCAAACCACCAAGGCGCGAUGACCAAAGCAAGCGGCACAGGGACCACGCACCUCGAAAUCCUGCAAAGCAAACUCAGGUUUCCUCCGGUUCCCUUUCCUUGGCCUCCCUCCUUUACCUGCGAGGAGGCACGAACCUGCCCAGUUCGCCCGGCUUCCCACUGACUGGUAAUGUACCAUUUACAAUUUAGGCUUGUACUUUUUUUUUGCCCAAUGUCACACUAAAGCUACAUUUUUAAAAAAGAAGAAAAUAAAAGGUUUUCUAGGCAUGUGGGGAGGUUUGCCUUUCCACCUGGUGCAUUGAUGAAUUUACAUGACAAUGAUUGUAUUCCUCGGUAGCACUUUAAAACCGAUUCCAGCCCUGCACCGGCCACGUGCAGUGGGUUUGUUCAGAGAGCAUGUGGCUGGACUGUGAACGGUCUUUAAAGAAAUAAAUGUACUCACGGAACACUGAAAA